GGACAUGUGUCACCAGCACUUCAAUUCGAAGCUCAGUUAUUUCAAUAAUUUUGGUUUUGGACGAAAAAUUAUUGAAAAGACGAAGCAGGAAGUGGUAGUCUAUAUCAUUGAAAUUCUUCAAAAUUUUCGUCUUUGUAUUUUAUAUCAUAAGGCCAUAAUUAAGCUUAGCGUUGAACAAAAAUGGCAGUGAUAAUGAUGAUUUUGAUUAUAUUGGUUCAAAUCUUUAAAUGAUUUCAGUUGUUAUACCGACAGCACAAUACGAUUGAAGCAAUGGCUUUAGCUGCAAACAACACGAAAAUCUUGGAAUUCUUAGAAUUGGUUGGUCGUCUAAAACAUGUCAAGAGAACUGGAUGGGUCAUCUGUGACAUAAAUGAAUGUGAGUCAAUUGCUGGACAUAUGUACAGAAUGGGAAUGAUGACUUUCUUGUUAACUGAUCAAAACAACACCACAAACUUAGACCGUUUCAAAUGUCUCCAAAUAGCACUGGUCCAUGACUUGGCUGAAUGCAUUGUUGGUGACAUAACACCUCACUGUGGAGUAUCACCUGAAGAGAAGCAUAGACAAGAAGAUGAGGCUAUGAAAAAAAUAGCAGAACUAACAGGCAUGGCUGGAGAUAGAAUGUAUGAGCUUUACAAGGAAUAUGAAUACCAGAGUUCACCAGAAGCACAAUUCGCCAAAGAUUUAGAUCGUUACGACAUGAUAUUACAGGCCUUCGAAUACGAAAAACGUGAGAAGGCACCAAGAAAGCUACAAGAAUUUUUUACUGCAACAGAAGGAAAAUUUAAGCAUCCAUUCAUACAAGAAUUAGUUAACGAACUAUAUAAACAAAGAGAAGAAUUUGAAAGUAAGUUAAUGGUUAAUGGAAAUGCAUAGAGUAUUUGGAAAUGCAUAGUAACUUACACGAAUAUGUGAUAUGUCAUUCAGUUCAAAAAACUUAUUUGAUGCUAUUCUUUUUUUUUAAUUGCUAGUGUUUUAAGUACUUAUAAGAUUGAAGACAGUCUUUAGGCAAAAUGCUUUUGUAACUGUUUAAGACAUAUUAUGGUAUUUAUAUGUGUUUUGUUUUGUGUAAAUUUUGUAUUAGCAUGUCAAUUCACCACAGGUUUUACUUGUGAAAAUUUUGCAAUAAAAUACAAGUCAUUUAUAAAAUGUAUUAAUUCAAAUUUCUUCUUGUAAUUAAAUAAUAACAAAGAAAUUUAAUUUUAAAAUAUUAUAUAUAUAAAUGUAGUAAUUUUGAAAAUAAUUGUUUUGCAUAGUAAAUGUUUCCAAAGUACACUUCGCGCCUCUAUGCAAAAGAAGACCCACAGUAAUAUGUGAAACUACAAAUACAGGUCGGCCACGUUGUUCUGUUGUCAGUGGCCGAGCUCGUUGUUGUUGUAUCGCACCGUCGCGUCUACGAACAUUUAACGUUUGAAGUCGUAAUGUAUUUAAUUUAGUCUUAUAUUUUAUUUGUUGUAAAUAUCGUUUACUCGAAGAUGAAAAUUCCUAGUUAUCCGACCUAUCUUGUUUUGUUACUUUUGUUUUUGUACUUUGUUUUGUUUAUACUUAAUGUUACCAUUAUUAUUUCAAAGUAGUUUUGAUUUGAAACAGAAGCAUAGCUUUAUGCAAUAUGUGUUAACUAGCAUAGCUAUAACUUAAAACAAACGAUUGUAUGUGAUUGUAAACAUAAGUUAUAAUCAUUAUUGGAAUAUUGUUUGAGUUGCUAGAGAUUUUGUUUAUUUUUUAUUUUACCACUUACCAUAUAAGUAAUUGUAUAACGAUUUACAGAAAGGAAAUAUUCUCAUUUAUCUUAUAAUUAUUAAAGCUAGUAAUAAAUAAUAUCUGGACAUCAAGCACAAGUAAGAAUUUGGAUGAAUAAAAAAAUCAUCCCUUUCGCAUGAGGAAUUAUUGUUUUUUUUUUAAAUACAUAGUUAUUUCCUCACAGGUUGGUAAGGUAACAAAAUGUCAUAUAAUGUUCAACAAAUUAUAAUCCCAUAUGCAGCAGUCUAACUAUCCUCUUAUAUAUUAUCAGAAGAGUAUGAGUUAUUACCAUGUGUGAGUAAUUGAAACUAGGCGCAACGAAACAGUCAAACACAGUAACGUAAGUUUUGGAGCAUUUGACUCCCUCGGUUCUUGAGCAAGUAUUAUAAUAUAAGCUUAUGAUUAUCUUUCUAGAAUACUCUACGUAUCCCAUCAAGUUUACUUACGGGGUAAUUAUAAUUUAAUGGAACUGAUAAUUAGAAUGACCUUUCUAUUAAAAAUAUUUUUUCUAGAGUA